GCCCACUGUGGGUGGCUGCAGGACACUGUACAAUAACUCAUCUCACCUCACAGGAACAAGGGGAAAAAAGCAAGCGAGCGAAGAAAGAGAGAAGAGCUGUGUGCUUUAGUUCUAAUAAUUUAAGCCUCUGGACGAGUCCCAGAGCAGCCACAGGACGAAGCAGCUCCCUCCGCCUCCUCCUCCUUCACUCUCCUCCUCUGCCUCACCCAGCGCUCACAGCCAUCCAUGAGUGUGACCAACUCCUCUGCCUAUCGAUCGGAGCGUAGUUUCCACCAGACUUCAUCCUCGACUUCGUCCUCUGGUAACCCAUACAUGGAGAAGAGCCGAGGACUGUUCGCUGAGGACUUUGGCUCGUUCAUGAGGCCCGGGAGUGACACCUUGGGGUUUUCCAGUGGUGCUGGAAACAUCAAAACUCUUGAGGAUUCGUACCAGUUCACAGUCGAUGUUCGAGACUUCUCCCCUGAAGAUGUCAUCGUCACCACAUCCAACAACCAGAUCGAAGUUCGUGCAGAAAAGUUGGCCCAGGAUGGAUCAGUGAUGAACACGUUCACCCACAAGUGCCAGCUACCUGAGGACGUGGACCCCACCUCGGUGACAUCAUCGCUGGGCGCCGAGGGAACCCUGACAGUCCGAGCACGGCGACACCCGGCCAAACACGAGCUCGUACAGACCUUUCGCACCGAGAUCAAAAUCUAGAGAGAGACCGACUUUGUCACUUCUUGUGUGUUUUCUAUUUCCUGUCUUCGCUGUCAUCAUUGUGCUACAGAGUCUGCACUGCUCUCUAUAAAACACGCCACAUCCACCUCCCAUGACCACAACAAGGCCUGUUGCUGCUCCUUUAUAUUCUGUUCACCCUGCACAGAAUCAACAGCUCAUGUAUGUACAUAAUGAGACGGCCACCAGGGCUCGGAGCAGCAUUGGCACAGACACACAACGAUUAACUCAUUAUUUCACUUUUGUUCUUUAACACAGAUUUAAAACUUAACACUCACUUAAAAAAAAAAAAAGCUAAUUUCUCCCCAAUAAUAACUUAUUGUAUAUUAUUAUUAUUUGUGUGAAUUAAAGGAUUCUGCUUUGACGAUAGACCGUCUGCUCUGUGAAACAUAUUUGUAUUUAAUAAAGGAUGGCGUUUAGGGGCAGAGCUACAC